GUUGGCAUCAGUUUUUCUAUCAUCACGUAUGCCAUGCUGCUUAUUGUCCCUUUUCUUUUCGGAAAUUUGAAAUUCUUCUGCAAAAAGAAAAUAGUGCUGAAGUUAAUUAAUUUUAUGCAUGGUGAAAUAUUUCAUAGGCUAACAUGGAAAUAGCUACUCUGCCUCCGAACACGAUUGUACCAGAAGUUCUUGGAGAAUAUAAUUAUGAAAGGUGGAGCAUUUUAAUAGAAAACUACUUAGCGGCUCAAGAUGUUUGGGAUGUUAUUGAACCAAUCCCGACAACUGAAGAAAUAAAUGAGAGGGUGUGGAAUAAAAAGAAUGCUUUAGCUCUACAUGCCAUUAAGAUUUCAUGUGAUGCAAAGGCGUUUGAUCUAAUAAAGAACAAAAAGUCAGCCAGAGAUGCUUGGAAGGCAUUACACGAUAUGCAGAAUGCUAAGAAUACCGACGCCAUUGCUUUACAAUCAUUAUUGACAGAGCUUCCCAGUAUUUUGCAUAAGUUCAUUUGUAAUGGGAGUAAAAGGAAAGUAGAGCAAUUCUUCUACGACAAUCUGAAUGAAAGAUCUGAUCAGCGAACAUUAAAAUCUGCCCUUCAUGUUGCAAUGACCGUUGGCCAGAAGGACAUAGCACGCUUCCUUUACGGACAGAUUGAUCUGCAAGAAUUUUCACGUGAAGACUAUGGCUUCAUUCUUCUUGAAGAGUGUAUAACUAAGAAAAUCUUCCGCAUAGAAGUAGAUGUAGACUUAAUCAAUCCAAGCGUUGCAGCUAAUGAUGCCUCAGGAGAAGAACACUCGUGUUAUCAAUCUUGUCUUCAAUUCCUAGAGUCGCUAAUUAGCCAGACGGUUAUAACUCUUGUAAAGAGCGUUGCAAAACAAAUAUGUGAUCUAAAGUCGAGAGAUGUGUAUGCUGGUAAGGUUGUAAGUUUCGUAUGUGGGAAAUUGCGAGACUUAGAACACAACCACUUUGUGCAAAAUAGAGCAGUGGAAGCUAUCUUUCUGGCCAUUAAGAAUGGAAUCCCAGAGAUUGCGCUUGAAAUUGCAAAAGCUAAGGAAGACAUAUUGUGGACCAGCACUGAUCCUGAAGAUUCAAGAACCAUGUUUGCAUGUGCUAUAGCACAUCGUCAAGAGGAAGUGGCAAAAUUUCUUUAUGAACGUAAGGCAGAUAAAUUUUAUGACAAAUUUUAUGACACUGAUGAAGAUGGAAACAAUAACUUACAUCUAGCAGCAAAGUUGGCUCCUCAUUUUCAACUAGAUCGCAUCUCUGAUGCAGCUUCGCAGUUGCAAAGUGAAGUACGAUGGUUUAAGUCGGUGAAAGCAAUUGUUCCGCGGUUCUACAACGAACAGAAAAAUAAAAAUGGUGAAACUCCUUAUCAAGUGUUUGCUAAAGAACACAAGAACUUGUUAAAAGAAGCUAAAGAACGGAUGAAGAAAACUGCAGAAUCUUCUACAGUCAUAGGUGCUCUUAUUAUCACCAUUAUGUUUGCUGCGGCUUUUACUGUUCCAGGUGGGAACGAUCAAAAUACAGGCUUCCCCAUAUUUUUGAACACAACGGCACCGGCAGAAUCUUUUACGGUUACACCGUUUAAGGUAUUCAUAACAUCAGAUGCAAUUUCCCUUUCCACUGCAGCCAGUUCAGUGUUAAUAUUUUUGGGGAUUCUCACUGCACGUUACGCUUAUGAAGAUUUUCUUAUAUCCUUGCCCAUGAAAUUGAUUUUUGGUCUUUCUUUUCUCUUCAUCUCUAUUGCAACAAUGACAGUAGCAUUUUGUGCUACUCUUUGCAUGAUGCUACGACGUCAACAGAAGGAAGUCAUUCCAAUAACUCUGUUUGCUGGUAUUCUUAUCAUGUGCCUUGUGGUGAUGCAGCUUCCUCUUCUUCUUAAGAAUAUGGCUUUAACUCCUAGGCCAAACAUCUUUGAUAGAAAAACCGCAAUAGCACAGUUGUUUGAAUUUCUUGCGGGGUUGAAAACCCUUCUUCAGGGUAAUAAGAAUUGGCUUCGAGGACAUAUAUACUUAUUCAGUCCUGGCUCCAUACCUGGCUCCAUGUCUGAAAAGUAUGGAAAGGCCUAUUUCAUUUGCACUGACCCUGCUUCAAUGCUGGUGCCUUGCCCGUGGUGGGUGAAAUUUGGAGAGCUGUACAAGUGAUUCAGCAUGAUAACUAGUGAUUAUGUAAUACAACAUCACAGAUAAUCCUUUUGUUUUUCCCUCCUUUCAAUUUCUCUGGAGAAGAAGUUGGAAAAUCAAUAUUGUUUUGUAAUAUAUCAUUAGUGGAAAGAAUUUUUCUAUUACUUCUAUUAACGUUUUUUAAUAAACAUCUUAAUAAUUA